AUGGCGACUAUACAGCCGUCGUUAACCUCUCCCAGUUCAACGCGAUGGCAAGCGCAGAUCGACGCAGUGAGCGUUAUCCAUAGCGCUAAGAUGCGAGCGCACCCCCAGUCCGCCGUCGGUCUAAUGAGCAUGGGUGGAAACGGACCUGAGGUCCUCUCGACGUUUACAUCGGACUUUGGUAAGAUCCUGUCGGGGCUGCACCGAACGAAGAUCCAUGGCACCUCGCAUCUUGCCUCGAGCAUACAGGUCGCCGGUUAUUUGGGUCAGUUGGCUUUGAAGCAUCGCUCGGAGAAGUCCCAGAGACAACGAAUCAUCGUGUUUACAUGCGCUCCCAUUGCCGAAGACGAAAAGACGCUUGUCAAGCUGGCCAAGAAGAUGAAGAAAAACAACGUAUCAAUCGAUGUUGUCGCCUUUGGCGAUCUGGAUUCUGACACGACCAAGAAGUUGGAGGCGUUU